UCCUCGGGCCAUUGAAAGUGUCCAGUGAUGUCACAUCAGUCCAUAGGCCCGCCCUCUCUCUGCACUAACACCUGCGGCAGGUACUUCCCGAGGCCCCCGACUACAGACAGCUUCUCAUUCCGGGGCCCCUGACAGCAGCGCCGGGGAAAAGGGUGCCGCCAUGGAUCUGGUGCUGAACGCCGCCGAUUAUUAUUUCUUCACCCCGUACGUGUACCCGGCGUCGUGGAGCGAGGGCGACGCGCUCCGCCAGCUCAUCGGCCUCUUCAUUAUCACGAACCUCGGGGCUCUCGUCAUCUAUUGCGGUUUUGGGGCGCUGAGCUAUUACUUCGUCUUCGAUCGCUCGUUGAUGAAGCAUCCGCAGUUUCUGGAGAAUCAGGUCCGGCGUGAGAUCGCCUUCUCCGUGAAGUCCAUGCCGUGGAUCAGCAUCCCCACCGUGGCUCUGUUCUUUGCCGAAGUUCGAGGAUACAGCAAGCUCUAUGAUGACAUCGACAGCUCCCCAUACGGGUGGUUCGGGGUCGUCCUCAGCAUGCUGUCCUUCCUCUUCUUCACCGACAUGAGCAUCUACUGGAUCCACCGCUUCCUGCACCACAAGCUCUUCUACAAGCGUUUUCACAAACCUCACCACUUGUGGAAAGUCCCGACGCCUUUCGCGAGCCACGCGUUUCACCCGGUGGACGGCUUCAUGCAGAGUCUGCCGUAUCACAUCUACCCCUUCAUCUUCCCUCUGCACAAAAUCACCUACCUCGGCCUCUAUGUCUUCGUCAACAUUUGGACCGUGUCCAUCCACGACGGAGACUACAGGGUCCCAAAGUUCCUGAAGGACGUCAUUAACGGCUCCGCUCAUCACACCGACCAUCACCUGUACUUUGACUUCAACUACGGUCAGUAUUUCACGCUCUGGGAUAAAAUCGGAGGGUCCUACAAGAACCCCUCUGCGUUUGAAGGAAACGGUCCCCAUGACCUUUGUAAGAAGCUGGAGGAAGACAGAGGGAAAGCCCUCAACGGCAACGCGUUUCACCGAGAAAAUCAAGAAAAUGAGAAGAAUAAGUAAUGUGAUUGAAAGCCCUAAAGGCCCAAAUGGCAGUAAUUAUCUCGUGAAUCCACUUCUACAAAUCCUCGCACUUUAAUACCUUUCUUGGGAUUUAUUUCAUGGUUUUGGCUAAGUUAUUCAAGGGUUAAUGCACACAAAAAAGCCGUUAACCCCUACUUUUAAAUGCAUGAAACUGGCCCAUUUCUACUGUAAAACCCAGGGUACUGGCAGAGAGAGACCGGAACCAGAACCGGUGGAAGGCCUGCCUGCGCAGGCGAGGUCUCCGUGAUCGUGAACACCGGGGAAAACGUUAUCACCCAGAAGAUUUCUAACCCCUGGAACUCGCGGCUAAAGUGCAAAU